AUGGAUUAUUCAACUGUAUUUAAAUCUUUGGCAAAGGAAGCGGGUGUUUCUAUACCUUCUAAUGCCUUUUCUAAACCAGUUCUCCCUACACGUCAAAAUUCUACUCCAAUUUCAAAAGUGAGCAAAUGUGGAAAAUGUGGUGAACCACGCAAAACAAUAGGAUGGUGUAAACCGUGUGAUACAAGCAAACUUAAUUGGGGUAAAGUUGCUCUCAAACUUCUGGAUAAUUCUGAAAAUUUAACUAAAGAUUUUCUGGACGAGCUUAGAGCCUAUCACCGUUGUAGUCUUGGCUCUGGAAUAGUCGAUUGCUACGGUGUCAGUAAAGAUCCUAAAACGGGAAGUUAUGUAAUGGUGAUGAGAUAUGCUGAACAAGGAAGUUUACGUCAUUAUCUUACCAACUAUUUCGCUGAUUUAAAUUGGGACGAAAAAAUUGUAUUAUUUGAUCGUAUCGGAAAAGCAUUGAAAGGAAUUCAUGAUUCUGGAUUGGUUCAUCGUUAUGUAGCUGCAAUGCUUCGUUGCUUGGAUUGUGAUCCAGCUAAACGACCAACAAUUGAUGAACUGUUAAACGUGUCAUACAAAUGGCGCUACCUAGCUGACGGAAAAGCUCCUUUCCAAGGUCCCAAGACUAAGAAAGUAAAAACUGGUCACGUCAAGUCUGUACUUACCCAUUCCAACGCUGUACACCCUCAAGCUUUCUACACUAGUAGAUUACUGCAUUUUCCGAACCUUCCUGAACCUCAAAAUUCUGAUCAUUACACACUUUUUGAUUCAACAACUGGUGAAAUACACAUGAUAGUUAGAAAACAAAAUUCCAAAAAAGAUUCAGAGACGCCUUCUUUCACAUCAGAACCAGAAGAAUUUUCAUCACCCAUCCCUUCUGAUAAGGGCAAAGAAAGAAUUCAGGAAGAAUCCCGUCCUCGCAUCACUAGAAGGCAGUCUGUAAAUAGAAGCAUGACAAUGUCAACAGGUAGAAUAGAUAGGGAGAUGAUUGAAAAAAUAAGAAAUGAUCGUAAAAAAUUAUCUCAUUAUCGAUGGAAUUCUAUGAUCAAUGAUCUUCCUAGACAAGUGGAACUUACAACUAUUCAUGGUAAUUUUGAGACUAAUGUAACUUUGUGA